AGAAGCAUGUUCGUGGCUGACCGGGGAACUUGGUAUGCGCUCUGUCUAGCCCUCCGCCAGUGUUCUUCAACAAGGUCAAGCACAGGCACACAUUUUCCGCCUCGGCAAUCCUCCGGUGGUACACGAUCAAUCCCGAUGAGGACGCGCCGCUGAGACCGCCCACUGCGCCUUCGCGAAAUCCUUCCCCUGCCGGCCCAUCUCCGCGUUUCAAGCCGACUGCUGCGCCUCCGACCCUCCGCCCACCACCGUCUCGCUCCGACGGCCCGCUGGCCGUGUACCCCGGGGAGCAAUUAGAUCUUUCGCUAAGGACACAACGGGCCGACUCGAGGAUGCAACAGCCGACGGGGUCCCAGUCGGUACCCAGCUCGCCCGGAAUGGAGCACGCACCGCUGGUCCACAUGCCGACGGCCCACCCGGACGGCGCGUUACCAGGGCCGGAGCGCUCCGGGGGAUACAACAAACCGCGACGCCUGUCCAACAGCAGCGCCAGCUCCGCCACCAGCAGCGUCGUGUCCGGCCAAGACAGCUUCGACAGCCGCGCACGUGCCGCCUCGGUCGCCAGUAGCCAGACGAGCUUCGACUCUUACAGCCCCGGCGUGAGCCCGCGCCCGGGCGUCACCCCUCCUGCCACCUGGGCAAGCAGCGGCGCCGGCCAACAGUACCCUUGGCAGAGACCCGCGCCCCUUAAACAGCGGCGCAAAGCGCAACCAGGGGAGCUGUUCGCGGCGCUGCCGGGAGAGGUCCUGGAGCUGAUCCUCGAGGAGCUGCGCAAGCUCCACCUGCGGCCGGGCAGCAGCAGUUGUGCUACGUGCUGGAUGCGGGACUGUUGUUCGGUUGCUGUGGCUGCCCGCAAGUUCCUACGUUACGCCCGCGAGGCCUUGUACCAGCAUAUCCAGCUAGUGGGCCACGAGGGGCCUGCCAUGAAGAAACGGACCAAGACGGCUUACGGGUCGAGGUUGGUCUUGUUGCGCCGGACGCUCAGGGCGAACCCGCAGAUUGCCGCCAUGGUGCGGUCGUUAAAGCCACCGGCGCGACCGCUCUCUGUCGCGGCGGUCGCAUACAACGACCUGAUCGCUUCGGUAGUGAUGGCGUGUCCGAAUUUCGAACGACUGGUCGGCUAUUACCCCACGUAUGAUCACUCGUUUCAGCGGUUAUUCCACGCGCUGUCGACGCGGACGAGUCUGAAAACCAUGAAUUGGAUUCUCGAGCCUUCGGCGCAGCAGCGACAGCAGAGGACGCGCUCGUCUGCGCGCAACGACAAUUGGGGCCCGGAAGACCUGCCGUCGCAGGAGGCUCAGCUGUUCAUGGCGUAUCACGCCAAUUGGAGGCAGCUCACGACGCUGGUCGUCCACUGCCAACCGGGGGCAGCCUUGGGCCCAGCCGACCUUCUAGACUGUACGAUCAAAGCGCUGCCGUCGCUGGAGAAUCUCUACCUCUCACAUGCACCUCGGACAACUUUCGACGACACCAGCCUCCUCUCCCUUCCCCCACUCAAGAAGCUGUCCCUGAACUACUGCACCGGCGUCACAACAGCAGGCCUCUCGUCGCUUGCGACCCGUCGGAACAGCGUCUCGAUCCAAACGCUGACGCUUCUCCACAUGAACGUCGAGUCCCUCCCUGCCAUUGCCCGCAUCUUCUCUUACCUCACGAACCUCGAAACGUUCACGAUCGUUCAGACUUACGCCCCCGAAAUGCCCCCGGACGAGUUCAUCAUGCUCUUCCCGUACCUCGCCUCCCAAUCGCUCCGCAAGCUCCACUGGGAUAUCCCCUAUCUCCCCAACACGGUCACGCCGGCCGACACGAUUCUCGCGCGGAGCAUCGCCGCGGGAGGUUUCCCAUCCUUGCGAAUCCUCUGCACGCCCAACGACCCGGAAGGCAUUUUCCAAGCCCUCUGCGCGCCGCGCGAACGCAUCGACCUGCCCGCGGACCGCUACCGCGCCCCCUUCCCGGGUGCCGCCGGUCCCGGCAGCAACGCGCCUUGGGGACACACGCGGAAUAGCUCGAGUUUCUCAUCGACCCACAGCCGCGGAAGUUUCGCUGGCGGAGUGGGCGGCGGUCUCCUAUUCGGCAACGGCAAGACGACCGGCUUCCGCAACAGCCCCGCCCGGCCCGGUACCCCGGGCACUCCCGGCACCCCCGGGAGCACGCCGCCGGCCAGUCCGCUCUUCCCCCCUCCGGACGCGCUGACGAUUGCCCGCGAGAACAGCAAUCUCCUGCAGGCCCGGCUCGCCGCGCAGGCCCGCCUCGAGGCGGCGCAGCGCAUCCCACGGUACCUCGUGACCGUCGUGGACGAGCGGGGCGCGCUGGUCGAGAAGUUCGGCGUCGGCGCCUAUCUCGGGCGCGUCGAGUCCCGCAUCCGUUAUGUGCUCGCGCCUGACGGGGCGACGGGCGCGACGGACGAGGGGGGCGGCGUCGUGGCGGUCGAGGACCUCAUGAGGGAGGACGGCGGGGAGAUGGUCGGGCUCAUUGACGGCGGGGAGAAAAAGUCUAAGCGGAGAGGCGGAGGGGAUCGGGACGGGAUCGACAGUGACGCCGAGGGCAGCGGCGGCGUCGGUGCGGGUGCGAAGGGGAGAAGAGAGGGGUGUAACGGGAGGUGGAACAGUCAUAAUAGCGCGGUGGUGGAUAAGAAGGAUAAGGAACGGUGGUGGCAUCAGGAACGGGGGAGGUGGCGGGAGUUGGUGCUUUCAUAAGGGGAGGAGGAGGAGGAGGAGGCUAAUAAUACAUAAUGGUGUGGGAUAGAAAGGGGGAUGAUGCGAAAUUUAGGGGUAGGGGAG